GUCUUCAGCGGAUUUUGUGCGCCUUUAUGACUCCGUACAAUUCAACCCUUUCUUUGGUGAUCACAUGGUAGAAACAAUGUUUUUAUGCAACAUUAGUGCCAUAAAGGACUGGAGCUAUUUUCUGUCUCAGAUAUUACCACUGAUUAAUAAAACUACCGGCUUGGUAAACAUGAACAAAGCGGAGGAUGUGACGACCACCAUGGUGACGGCUCUGCAACCGGACAGCGCCAUGAGCGCAAGUAAUCCGCCUCUCAACACCAAUCAUACCUCGGGCAUGGAGCACGUCUUUCAGUACUCUUACUCGGAGAGUGACCUGCUGUACACGGACUACCGGACACCUGCAAGAGACUCCAUCCCGCUGCCCAAAGCGGUUCUCUACCUGGUCAUGGCAGCGCUGGUGGUGGUGGCGGUGGCGUAUGCCAUAGUGGGACACCUGGUCAAAGAUGUGGUUAAUGACUUUGUCGGUGGAGGCAGGUCGAUCGUUGCUGAGGGUGAUGGCGGUGAAACCAGUGAACCAGACUUGAUGUUUGGCUCACGUCGAGUUACCAACCGCAACAAGACCGAGAUAAACUGCAUCACAAACAACAUGAACGAGAUGAGCGAGAGGCCUCGGCUGGAAAUGAGCUACAUAUCCCUGAACCACACCAACUCCCUGAGCUCCAACAGACCGGAGGAGACAGUGGUCACCAUAGAUGAGACGUUACAGCAGCGACCUCCGGACACUCACUCUGGGACUUAACUGCGACCUUCUGACCUUCCCUGAGAGAAAUAAAGCAGCAUAUUUGCUUCUUGUUCGAGUGGAUUUACAAGUCUUUCAUGAAUCAAAGCUAUAUCCACUGUUUUAUCACUUGCAGGUGGGCUGUAAUGCCUGUGUAAUGUUGGGCCAGAAGGGACUUUGAAUUGUCUGUGCUGGGACAUUAGAGGCAUCAGAUUCUGAUGUCUGCUUCAGAGUGGACUCCUUUCUGUGGAGCGGGCUAGAGAGGACGGCUGCAGCCUUUUGUGGACAAGCAGUCUGAGAAGAAAGUGUUAAUUUUCUUUGUCCUCAUUGUACCACUCCCCUUUUUUCAAGUGACCCCUUGUGAAAAUCUGUUAAUGUGACACAUGCAGUUCACUGUAACCACAAACAGUAUGUAAUCACUCUGAAUAUAAACUGCACGCUGGCCAGUGCUUAUUGUAAUAUUGCUGCUCGCGAGGUUAAACACUUCAAUCACAUGAACAACGUUUCUUUUUAUUUUCUCUGAUGCUGUGAGACACUUAAAGCUUCUUUUGUAAUUAUUGUACAAUUUAUAUCAAGCACCUCGAACGACAACGUCUCCUUCCUUUUUCUGUGAUAAUGCUUUAA